UAAUUUAUCUACAGAACGUGAAUUAAAUCUACCGGUUCAGGGGCCAUUGAUUAUGUAUCCCCCAGCAGAUGAUAAUUAUGGUAUAGAUGCCUGUGAUAUAAUGUGUUUAAAUUCUACGCCACCUGUGUUAGUCGUCGUUACCUGUGAAGGGAAAUUACACCAUUGUCUAGUAUUACAAACUGUUGAUAACAACUCGAACUCGACCAUUCAGUCAGAACAGAGUAGCAAGUUGUCAUGUGAUAGUAUGUUUUAUGAACCUAUAACUGAACCUAAUCUUUAUGUGAUAGAGAGUGUUGAAUUAGAGUUAUCCCUCGCUACACCUCAACAUGAUUCUAAUGAACUAAUAGAAGAUGAUUUUACCUGUCCAGUUAAAUUACAAAAAGAUCCGAGUACAUAUGAUAGAUAUCACUGUAGUCAUGCAGCAGGUGUACAUACAGUAGCGUUACCAUGGGCACACAAUUUAAACACUUUUGCUUUAGAUGAGGAUCAGAUCAAUCCUGUUUUACCAGAAAAUCAAGAAUGUAUCGUGGAGCAUGUCAUCUGUACAAAACCACUCACUUCAAGUGUACCAUCUCCAAUACAAGGUUUAUCAGUCGUCACCGAUCCGUCAUUAGGCGUAACUCUGUUGGUCUUAUCCAGUGAUUAUCAAUUUACAGCUCUCCCUCUCGGUUCCAAAUAUAGAACAGUCUCAGCGUCGUUGGCAUCUGAUUCCGAGAGCAGAGGAGUAAAAUCACCGUUACGAAGAUUAAGUAGGGAACCCUUUGAUUACCAUAUAUCUAAAAUAUUACAGAGAACAUCUUCUAAUCCAUUACUAAAAUCUGGGUAUGGAACAGAAGUAAGUCAGCAGGAAUGUUUUCAGUUGUUAAGUCGAGCAACGCAAGUUUUACGUGAGGAGUAUAUGCAGAAACAAGACCAAGCUCGGGUUGAAAUAGAAACAAGAGCCAAAAUUUUGACCGACCAGAAACGACUUCAGAACGAAGAUUUAAAGAGAUUGGAAGAAUCUAGAAAUAUUCUACGAGACCAAGCGGAAACUAUCGCAGAGAAACUAGAAAUGUGUCAACAUUCACAAGAACUUAUUUUAAAAAGAUUGGGGGGUAUUAUGAGAAAAAUACAGUCCCGUCUACCUAUGCUGUCUGAUGCUGAAAAGAAUUACAAUAAAGAACUACAGACCAUGAGUGAUAAUAUUGAUGUGAUUAAAAAGAAUUUAGAACAGUUGAAAAAGAAACAAGAAUAUCAGAAACGCCAGAUGUCAUUUGGAAACAAUAUGGCUGCCAGUAGUCCAGUUUUAAAGAAAAAUCAAACAACUAAAUUAAAAGAAAUUUUACAGCAAGAAAGUGAUGAAAUAAGUGAAUUAAUGAAGAAAGUGAAUCAGUUGAAGGUGGAUACUAGUAUAUCGUUAUCAUAGCCUAGGGCUCAAAUUGUAUUGAAUACAAGUACAUCAUAGCCUAGGAUUCAAAUUGUAUUUAAUACAAUUUAUAUCAUAGCCUAGGAUUCAAAUUGUAUUUAAUACAAGUAUAUCAUAGCCUAGGAUUCAAAUUGUAUUUAAUACAAUUUAUAUCAUAGCCUAGGAUUCAAAUUGUAUAUAAUACAAGUAUAUCAUAGCCUAGUGUUGAAAUUGUAUAUAAUACAAGUACAUCAUAGCCUAGGAUUCAAAUUGUAUUUGAUAUAAAUACAUCAUAGCCUAGUGUUAAAAUUGUAUUUAAUAUAAGUACAUUAUUGGCUAGAAUUCAAAUUGUAUUUAAUACAAGUACAUCAUUGACUAUAAACACAGGCAUGGAAAUAGUGAUUCUAGUUAUACCUGACAUAAAUAAAACACUACAAGACAUUUGGAACUUUGUGCCAGACAUUUAUCAUAAACAUGAUUAAGGAUGCAUUAUUCAAGAGCUAAAUCUGCCUAUUGCAGGUUUUUACUUUGGCUUCAAAUGUUAUAUAAAUUAAUUGUUUAGACAUUUAUUCACAUGACAAGCCUAGAAUCAAGUCACUAGAUCAUUGUUAGGAUGACCCACCAUAAAUAAAUAUCUCCAUAUAUCUCGACAAUUACGCCACAAUAUUUAUAUGUAUGCCAAGUCCCAAAUCAGUUUCACACAAUUAUAGUCACUAAAUAAACGAUCAUGUUGUACUUAAUAAGCUAUGACCAUUAAUCAUGUAUAAAUAAUAGACUGAAAACUGGUUCCAAGAGUCGUCCAUAACAUCCAGACACUUUUGAGUAAAAGAUAGGUUACGUGCCCUUGUUUUGAAAUUAGUCUCGCUUAACCAGUCUAUCGACCAUUCUACGUCUGAUUGACAGGUCGGGAUAAUCAAGACUACUUUUUUACGAAACAUAACAGAAAGCUAGAACAAGAAAUUGAAUUUAGAAAUAAGCACAUUAGGUAGCUCAACAAUCGUUUUAUGAAGCUUGUAAAAGUAAAAUGUAACUAAUGCUAGUAUCAUGUUCCUGUCUAACCCGAGUGAUUCAGAGAUAUUAUUUGUACUAAACCAAAAGAUGCCGCUCUUAACGGUACAGUUAAUAUAAAGCGAUUUAAAAAAUGAAACGAAUGUAAUUUCUAAAUCUGCUGUAAUAACCAAGAAGCUUAAUUUUACUGCUAUUCAAAAUUGUCAACAAAAAUUUUUUUACGGCUGUAAUAGUUGAUAGAUUUGUAGAGAAUUGCACGUGCAAGGGCUAUUUAUAGUAUCAUACUGUCAGAAAGUUGGUCUCGGAACGGCGAAUGUGCACGCUUCAGUGGUAGUCUCGAACUAUCAGCGGUGGACUGUAUUUCUGUGAGUACAUGGGUCAUCCUACCAUGGAUGCUGUUUCACCCGCAUAUGCCGGACAUGUCCUGUGCCAGUUGACAACAGUCCAACCUUGAAUAUGCCCAAUUGGACAUCAUGAUAUAGUGAAUCAUAUUCAAAAUUCCAAAAUUCCUAUCAUUGUAUAGGAGAGAUUUAAACCGAUUGAAUUGCAAUCACCAUUUAAUGAUUUAAUAUAAAAAUGGAGAAGCGAGGCUGAGUCUCAAUUAACAAAUUAUGGAACUAUUAUUGCUCUUUAUCUAAAUCUUACAUAAUGCAUCUUUUAAAAUACUUAUAACCAAUACCGUGCCUGACAAAAUGACAGGCAGAGUAGGAACUGUACCUGACAACACCUGUAUUUGUACCUGACGUAGUCUAUGACAGGUGCCACAUUUCCAGGUUGGAAUACCGACCAUUCGCACAAUACACACACGGGAACAUAUAACAGAAUAAUUAUUUGAAGACCACCAUAACCUGAAAAUCCCAAUGUUAUAGAUUUAAGUGCUGUGGAUCGAUUUAUGAUCAAUGUUUCAGCCUAUUCCAUGUAGAAUUUGUAGGCUUAUUAAGCCUUGAAGUGUUUAUGUUAGUGUACAAAUCCUAAGAGAUUUAAUCAAUUAUGACAGCCAAGAAAAGAUACAACAUUUUGUUUGUGAGGACUCGAACAGAGACACAAAUAGUUAUGUGAUGUUGUCAUUUGAUGUUGGGUACUAUUAUUUUAAAUAGCGGUACAGGCACUUAAUUAAUCUUCCAUAGAAAUACAUGUGACAUGAUUGAGUUAUCAAUACUUUAGGUUGUUUAAAACAAGACAUUACGUAAUAUUUUGAUCAAUAUGAGUAGAAUCAUGACAUAAAUAAACAGCUGUUAUGGUUGGUUAAGAUAUCUUCUUAUGCAGUUGGCCCAAAAUGCCCCUUUUCACUCAAUUUUCAGUAUUUUUGGGAUUUAGAGAAUUCAUUUCCGUAAUGUCCAGUCAAGUAUCUCCGUUGUUACUUAAUGUCUUGACCUCAGCCUUUAAACCACACUUAAAAUCAUAGGCCCAUAAUUAAUUGUUGGCGAAUUAAAGAUACGUUCUCACGAAAGUAUUUAUAGGGUAGUUAUUUCCAAUAAAAGUAUGGCAAAUUUGGUACACAUGUAUAUGGAAAGUAGAGACGCCCAAUCUUACUAGAAAAAUACUGGAUUGUACAUGGGAAGGCAUCUUUAAUUGGUGGUGAUUUAAGGGCUGGGGCCACCUGUUCUGUAUAUAAAUACUGGAUUGUACAUGGGAAGUCAUCUUUAAUUGGUGGUGAAUUAAGAGCUGGGGGCACCUGUUCUGUAUAUAUACACAUAUUGUAAGUUGACUAUAAUACCCAAUGAUUUUGUAAAAUGUAGAUAAUAAAUCUGUUAUAA